CUCACUCCUCAUCAAAGCCCAGAAGGACAAUCGGACCAGCCUUUAACUUCCACAGGCCAGGUACAAGACAGCACUGACCAGUAGUAGCUAUGGGUAACAAUAUCCAGGUGCCAUAUUCAGGUAGACUUCCAAGUGGAGUCCAGGUGGGAAGUGAAGUUGUCAUUGUAGGUAAAACCCCACCACAUUUCGACAGGUUCAGCAUUAAUCUGUGUACUGGACCUAACCUGGACCAAGACUGCGCCUUUCACUUCAACCCCAGGUACCAUGAUGGCCGAGUGGUCAGGAAUCACAAGCAGGGUGGGAACUGGGGUGGGGAGGAAACGAAUGGAGGGAUGCCAUUCAAGAAAGAUCACAGUUUUGAAAUCUACAUCAAAGCAACUCAACAGGGGUAUGAGGUAAAAGUGAACCACGACCAUUUUUGUAACUUCAAUCAUAGAAUUCCCAAAGAGAGUGUCCAGUUUCUCCAUAUUGCAGGGGACUGUAUAAUCACAUCAAUCCAACCACUGGGAGGACAAUCUUUUCCUGGCCAAAACUUUCCACCUGCACCAGGAUACCCAGCAGGGCAAAAUUACCAAUCUGCACCGGCACCAGGAUAUCCUGCAGGACAAGGUUACCAACCUGCACCUGGGUAUCCUGCAGGACAAAGUUAUCAACCUGCCCCAGGAUAUCCUGGUGCGCCAGGCUAUCAAGCAGCUCCAGGAUAUCCCAUGGGCCAAAACUUCCCUCCAGCACCUGGUUUCAAUGUCGGUCAAGGCUUCCCACCUGCAUCAGGACAAAUACCAUCAUCUGUUCCAAUCCAAGGGGGAUUGUACCCAGGAAAGUUAAUUUAUAUUUCUGGAGUUCCUUCCCCUAACGCAAACAGGGUAACCAUCAACCUGGCAUGUGGCCCCAACGACGCGGCCGACAUUUCUCUUCACUUUGACAUCCGAUUCAACUUUAAUGGUGAGAGAAACCAGGUUGUCAGGACUCACAAGCAGAACGGAACCUGGGGCCCAGAGGAGAGACAGAUGAAUUAUUUCCCCUUCAUGCCAGGCACAAACUUUGAGUUGAUGAUCCUGGUUGAGCAAAAUAGUUUUAAGGUGGCGGUCAACAACCAACACUUUAUAGAAUUCGCUCACAGAAUUCAACCAUUUCAAAGAGCUGACCAUGUCCUAAUUUCUGGAGAUAUCACUACCAGUCAAGUUCGCUUCCAAUAAAUUAAAUUAAAUUUGGUUUCUUUAAGUAGGCAAUCUAAAAAUAUUGAUGAAAAUAUUUGAGUUUGGCGCAGUGCAACAAUUAAAAUAAGAUGAAAUUUUUAUUGUUACAUUUUAUUUGUUUUAUGCAAAAUAUUUAUGAUUAAAAUAGACUGAAAUUAAAACAUUUUAAUAGAAUAUUAUGCUUUCACAGUAAUUAUUAUACUGUUCAUUUCUACUGUUGUAUGUAUAAUAAUAUUGCAUUCAAAAGAACUAUUUUAUUAUUUAGAACUGUUUAAUAUUUAAAAAGUGUUUAUGUCUUCACAAAUGUUUAUUUGUAUUGUAGAUAGUUAAAUUAUAUAGAACUCACCCAUUUCUAGAUCUGUAUAUGCUUUAUCUUGAUACUUGUGAUAUUAUUAAAAAAGCCUAAGAUAUAGGCCUAAAUAUA